UGAAAGUGCUCUUUACAUUAUUUAUUUUUAAACUCACUGCAUAUAGGUCUACCCAGCAACAAUAGGGGUGUUCAUUAUAGGCAUUUUCCCCUUUUUUUGACAGGAGAUGGAAUUGCCACUCCACACACGAUUAUGUCAUGUGUCCCAAUGCUUGACCUAUUGAUAACCAAUAGCUACUAAGUCACGUGUAAAAAAAAAUAUGUUGACCUUGAUUUUCUUCCCUUGUUUCCAUGCCAUCAGGAGCAUCUGCGUAUCUUCGCAAGCAAUGCGAUUGGACGCAUUUGAGAGGAGCGUAUGUUUGGCUCAUGACACUGUGUUAUGGAUCCCACCAGGUGUCCCUGUUUCAUAAUGAUGGUAGCUUUUCUCAUGAGCUCUUUUAGAGCUCGUUGACUUCGUCGAUGUGACUCUGUUUCCGGAUAAUAUUUCAGCGCAAGGAAGGUUUCCACUAGUUACCAUGGCCACAAAUAGGCUAUAUCGUAAAAUUAAUGAAAACUAAAAUGUGCUUUGUGGUCUUAAUUUAAGGUUAGGCAUAAGGUUAGCAGUAUAGUUUAGGUUUAAAAAUCACAUUUAUAGAAGUUACAUUGUAGAAAUACGCGGGGUUUAUGACUUUGUGGCUGUGGUAAGUAGAGACGACCGUGUAAAAAUUGCUGCAAUGUUUACGUGUUGUCUGGGAUGCUGCGGAGAUGGGGGAACCGGGCAUAUUCCUCUCAAAGAAAUGCCCACCGUCCAGUUAGACACGCAUCAUAUGGGCACCGAUGUAGUCAUAGUGAAAAGUGGCCGGAGAAUAUGUGGCACCGGUUGUUGCCUUGCCAACGCUCCCCUGCACCAAAACAAGAGUUACUUUGAGCUCAAGAUCCAGUCCACAGGUAUAUGGGGGAUAGGUGUGGCCACUCAGAAGGUGAACCUGAACCAGGUCCCCAUGGGGCGGGACAUCAACAGCCUUGUCUUGAGGCAUGAUGGUUCGGUGUACCACAACAACGAGGAGAAAAACCGCCUGCCUGCCAACAGUCUUCCACAGGAGGGGGACAUCGUGGGCAUCACAUAUGACCACGUGGAGAUGAAUCUCUAUCUGAAUGGGAAGAAUAUGCACUGUCCAGCUUCAGGGAUCAGAGGCACCGUGUGUCCGGUGGUUUAUUGGUGAGUG